CUCAAACGAGAGAUAAAAGUAACAAUGAAAUGCUUAGCUGGCGAUUAUUGAAUAAUAAUGACCGCUAAAAUUGAUGCAAUGUGUACUUGACAGCCCUUUUAAAGAGAGUACUACUUUAAAAUAAAGAGACGUUAAGAAAUAUAGUAAUUUCUUUUCUUUGAACCUCGCUUAAACCAGCAAGCAGGUAAAUGAGGUAUGUGUGUGUGUACCUCGACAAUAACACCCUUGAAUCUUUGCUCCGUUCAAUUAGUUCAUGGGAAAUGUAAUUAAUUACCCACAAAAUGCUAUGCAGUACUUAUCUUAAGUGCUGGCAAAAUCUAUAUUAUAAUGCCCGUAUGCGUCUGUCUGUCUGUCUGUCUGUCACACAAAAUGGUAGCUUAGCUGCGACGGGUGAACCCGUGGAUUUUCCACGGGCUAACGACUAGUCUUACAUAUUUUUCCAAUGAGCUAAAGUCGAAAAGUUACCUUGCACUAAGAAUUAAAGAGAAGAAUUAAAAAAAAAACGUUUUUUGUAUUAAGGCGGAACCUAAGAAGUACUGGAAAGGGUUUGCUUUGUAUAAAAAGGCACAAAAAUGUAAGAGCAAAAUGUCACAAAUAUUAUUGCCUCUUAUGAAUGUACCGGAAUGCUUCUUUUUUUGGACGCCCUUCGAAUAAACGCCUCUUUGAAAUAAAUGUUGAAUCUCACUAAUAUUUUCCUAAAAAUCUUCUCAAAAUGUCGAAAAAAGACAUAUCGUCGACACUGCACCCGUUUAUAAUACUUGAAGAUGACGAUGUCGUCGUUUACCUGUGGAAAAUUGCACGUAAAUUCGCCUAUCAUAAAGUUCCGCCCAUUCACCCAACAUAUAUUAUUAAUACAGACAUUGAUGAUAAGUAAUAAAAGUAUAAUCAACGCCCGCACAAUUAAUCACUGCCUCCAUUAAAAUCACAAAAUUUAAGGGGCGUUUAGAUAAUCUUUAUAUUGAUAGUACUCGUAAUGCUUCUAGGUAAGUAUAAAAAGAGUCAAAUAAAGGGUAAUGGUCUUUUCAUGGUCUUUUUAAUAACGUGUUCAUAAUUGCUGCGCGCAACUUUAUUUUAAACCCUCUAGAGUAAUUUAUUAUGGUUAUUUUUAUGAAUGAGUUUCUAAUGCUUGAGAGGUUGCAAUUGUAAAAAGGCGCGAAAGAACGAGUGAAGUAUUAAGUCGCUUUCUGUUAUAGAGACUUUAUGUAAGUAGUCAGCGUCCCGAAGGAAUCCUAUCAAACAAGGUUGUGCUUCACUAGCAGCAAACUUCAUGGGUACAUUGCAACUAGUUGCAUGACGAUCAAAGAAAUUGAUGUUACAUUAAAACCACGAUGGAAAAAUAAUCUUCUAAAACUGGUGGGAAAGUUUGAAAUCAAACUGGAAAUCGUAAGGGAAAGUUCUAGCGAUGGUUUCCCAGUAACAUUUCCAUUUGUUUUUACCAAAUCCAAUGCUAAAAAAGUUAAGGCUGCAUUACUGAGAUAUAUUACUUGUUUGAAGGGUCAAUCAAUUGGCGAUGUCAAUUGUCCUCAGCCAAUUGUUAAAAACCGAGUAGGAGAUGACAAAAGUGGAAAAGUUCUGAUCAUUUUGCAAACAAAUAAAGCAAGAUAUAGACUUGAUGUUAAUCGUCUCAUUGUAAGCUUUGAGAAAGGAAAAGAGCAACUACAAAUGAAACGAUCAGCGACUUCAAGAAAAAAUUAUGCUAAUGUUACGAAAACUGCAAUUGGUAAAGAUGGAACAAAAAAAGUAAGCAUUUAUGAAGAAUGCAAAACUGGCACCUCGACGUUUCGCUGUACAGGUAUAAAGGCGAUCAAAUCUAAAGGAGGCAUAUCACAAGUAGCAUUUAUGCGCCUAAAGAUAUAUGGCGUACAAAAGGAACAACACAGACGUUCAUUAGAUUAUUGGAGCGUUCUGAAGAUUGUUAAUCUUUUAAUCAAUGGUUUAACAGCAAUAUUGUAAUGUUGUACAUGUUCAUAAAAAGCUUUCUUUUGUUCAACUGCCACUGUUCUUUGCGAAAGGGAAAUAAAUUUACUCUUUGACUAUAUUAAGGUUAAGCGUGCUGUCAAGUGUAACAAAUGUUCUAUGAAUCCGCACAAUGUAGUUAAUUUUAAAGGACUAUAUAAUCCGGAUCUCAAAUAGGCAGGCAUUUUGAGCUGCAACUAUAGUUGAUAUGUUAGUCGGCAUGGAAGUUUGAAUAGCUUUUAGCUUCUUUUAUAUAAGGACUUAUUAGGAUCAUAUAGAAGUAAUAUUGAGAUUACAUUGAUAACAAUAAUCAUUUCCUGUACUACAACAUUAGGGUACAUUUAAUAAUGAAAAAUAAAACUUAAAUAAAGGUCCCUUUUUAGUCAAAGUUUCUUUAUUCGUGAACCAUCCUCUCCCUAAUUCUUUUAUUCUAUACAAAGACCACGAAUUGAUCUUGAUUUAGAGGUAAUAUAAAGGAGAGUUUAUUAGAGAAGUCCAGUUGUAAUCUUCAUAUCAGUUUUUAUUGUUAUUAAUUGCCGUCGUUUGUAAUAUUGUAUUUUUAAUUUUGAACCACGUUGGUGACAAUGUUACCAUAAUGAAUGUAGUUAAAGACAUGUCAACAAUAUACAAGUCCAAUGGGUCAUAAAA